AUGGCCGCGGGAGCACGUGCGACGUUUUCCGAAGCCACCAAGGUUGAACAGCUAGAUUCGCAGACUUACAAGGUCAACCUCCACAGCGACUACUGUGUCGGCAAAGGCAAGGCACUAGCUUCCAUCUCACUCCCCAACGGAGGCUACACAGCAUCAUGCAUGCUCGUUGCGGCCAACAGACACCUCGCUUCACGUGGACAGUCCGACACAUUCACAGCCCACUUUGAGUAUCCCAAUCGAACAUCAGCCGGGCCUGCUGUUGUCGUCAUCGACGAAGUGAAGUUGGGCCGGACACUUUCAACUUUGCAACUUACCCUCUGGCAAGGCGCUCUGCUCGACCACGCACCCUGGUUCGACGCGUCGCGCUCUCUCCGCACCGUGCUCGGCUACACCAACCAUGCGAACCUGAGCGCCUUCACGGACACAUCGAUGCCUACCGGGCAAGAGGUGACUCCAGCCGCGUCAAUGCCCCCAGUUCCCAAGUUUGCGGCCCUCAAGACAACCGGCUCGGACAAUGUAUGGGAGCAGAGCAGAUGGCCCAACGCCUUGAAGCAGUCAGCCUCCAACGAAAACUGGAAGUUUUUCUUGCCUCGACAGGGGCAAUUGAGCCCCGGCGUGUUAGACAUGUGGGUGUGCCUGGCCAACGGGGAGAAGAUGACGCAGAGCAUGCUGCCGUAUGCAGCAGACUCCCUCCCGCACAAUCUCCACACGUUCCUGACUACGCCAGAAAUAAGAGCGGUGUUGGACGAGCCGCCCCCGAAUAAAGUCGAGAGGGAUACAGUGAUGGAAGCUCGACAAGACGUGGCUCGGAAUAAAGCUCGUGGAAGCAUGUGGUUUCCAACCGUGCUGCUGAACUUGGAGGCGAAAACGAGGUUACCGGAUGAAGGAGUCGAAUGGCUGGCCGUGAAGGUGACGUCGAAGCAAGUAAAGAACGGCCGAUUCGAUCUUGAUGUUGCAAUGAGGGGUGUCGGCGGUGAAUUGGUGGCAUUGAGUCAACAGGUUGCUUUGAUGGUGAGCUGGGAGCGGAACGUCGGCAAGAAACGCAGCGAGGCAGCGCUGUAA